GCGCUCACAUCGAUCACGUCACUUUAUUUACAACCAUCAGAACAAGAUGGCGGCCACAGUGGGUGUAAUGCCUGAAAAUGUAUUUAUUUUGUAAAUUUGUGCUGUUGUCAUGGAUCGUUUUUGGUUCGGCGAGACUCAGAACCGGUUUGUUGAUUAUGGAGACCACUCGGUUGACAUCGAUUUAUGCUAGGGAAAAUUUAAUGCGCGUGUGAAGAUGCGGUAAAUGUGGCUUAUCGUCGAUCCGACCUGUUAGAAAACAGUUAUUCCCCCUAACUUUCCCAACACUCCAGUUGCGCGAUACAGAGUUACAUUCCGUAACAAAGCCGCGGUACCUCAGACUUGAUCUGGUUAUAGGCGUUUGCAUUGAGCAGACUACCUCCGAUCAUAUCAUCACAGGCGUGUGCGCAUCUGCUCCUAUCACUGCCCCAGUUCCAGUUCCAACAACUACGUUAUGACCGAAAUAAUUAAACCAGCUAGCCACGGUUAAGAACUUAGGCGAGUUUCACGAUAAAUUCAAUCUGCUCAAGCCAUCUUUUACAAUCAUAUCAACGUGUUGCUGAUCAUAUAAGGAAAAUAUAUCGCUUCACAGCAAAAUAAAUCGUCAACACACCUUUGAACUUUCCCAGGCCAUGCGACUUUGACAAAUAAUUCUUGUAUUUACAAAAAUGAGAGACCAAAAAAUAUUUCCCUUGCUUUGACAGUUCGUGCCGGAAGUGGAACUCUUCAGUGUCUGGACGCGAUGCUGUGUAAUACUCCUUUCGCGGAGUUUGGAUUUCUUUUGGGGGAACGAUAAACCCUGUUUCAUAUUUUUAAAAAGUGGACUUUGAUUUCGAUAACCUUGCUACUUUCAUCAAUAUAUGCCAUUGGUAUUUAUGUAUAAGUCAUAAUAAAUUAAUUCUGUGUUCUUUUAUAUCUUAUGAGUUUUUUUUUUAAAUGGUGACCGAUGACGGAGGUUACUAUCGUAAAGUCCAGCGUGGAGUAGGUAGCUAACACGCUCUGUUCGGCUGCACUGGUGCCCAUCAUCGCAGGACAAAACGAUGUCGCUUUCUAGGGGAAUAUACAUUGUGGCUGCUAAGCGAACAGCAUUUGGUACCUUUGGAGGGAAAUUAAAGAAUUCAAGUGCCACAGAUCUUGGAGAGAUAGCAGCCAAAGGAGCACUGAAGGCAGGAAAUAUCAACCCAGAGCUCAUAGAUGCAGUCUUUGUUGGAACCGUUGCACAGACAUCUGGCGAUGCAGCAUACAUCUCCCGUCACAUUGGCUUACGUGCUGGCGUUUCCCAGUCAACACCAUGUCUUACGCUGAACAGACUGUGUGGCUCAGGAUUUCAAGCAGUUGUCUCUGGGGCACAAGAUAUUGAGUUACGCCAGAGUGAGGUGGUAUUAUGUGGAGGGGCAGAGAACAUGAGCCAGGCUCCAUACACAGUCAGAAAUGUCCGCUUUGGAACAGCUUUGGGAGUUGACCUUAAGCUGGAAGACACUUUAUGGGCAACACUGACAGAUGCCCACAUUAAAACACCAAUGGGUGUAACAGCUGAAAAUUUGGCAGAAAAAUACAAGCUCUCCAGACAAACCUGCGAUGAAUUUGCGCUCCGCUCUCAAUCUCAAUGGCAUAAAGCCAAUGAAGCAGGAGUGUUUAAGGCAGAAAUAGAACCAGUGACAGUGAAAGGGAAAAAAGGCAAAGAAGAAUUUGCAACUGAUGAACAUCCCAGAAUGACAACUCUGGAAAAGAUCAGUAGCUUACCACCUGUUUUUAAGAAGGAUGGAGUGGUAAAUGCAGGAAAUGCUUCGGGUAUCUGUGAUGGGGCUGGAGUUGUCAUCUUAGCGAGUGAGGAAGCUGUACAGAAACAUAGUCUUAUCCCCUUGGCCAGACUUAUUGGUUACGGUAUAUCAGGUUGUGAUCCCAGUAUAAUGGGCAUUGGACCUGUGCCAGCAUCCAAAAAGGCUUUUGAUGCAACAGGGUUGAAAUUAGAUGCCAUGGAUUUGAUUGAGAGAAAUUUGGAUCCCAGUGUGGCUCUGAUUGCUAACUUGCCCCAUGCGGGGAAUGCAGAUUGACAAUGUACAUUCUGGGUAAGUUAUUGUUCCACAAAUUUAAGCUAAAAUAACGGAAAGGAACGUACCAAAUUUGGACUCAAGUCUUAAGAUCCCUUCUUGAUCCCUGAACCAGGAGUUUGGGGAGUAUGAAUUUAGGUGUGCAAGAUAUGCUGCUAGUCUUUUGUAAGGGGUGUUAUGGUCACGCAUGAUUUUCUCCAGUUUCCUUCCUGCUGUAUAAUUUAAUAUUCUUGAGUGCAACACUAAUCCCUAGUGAGGUUAAUAAAGUGUUAAAGUGAACAUACAAAAAUGAUAUAGGACACAAUUAUCACAGAAAAAUAUGUAAAAAAUUCUAAAAAGUUUUGAAAGCGAAGAAGUUGAAGUUCAGCAUUUGGGAUAUGGCACUGACAGACAAUUCAAUCCGAGUAGCCAUGUUGUAGAAGUCCUGAUGAACUUGGCCAAUCACUAGCGCUGAAGCAUCACAUGAUAAUUGGCUGUCAUGUCAAAAAACAUAUUUGCUCUCGAUUGUCAAUGUGGUUUCUUAUAAUGGAUAGACAGAUACCGAUGCUAUAAAUUGGAUUUUGCAGUUAGUUUAAGUGUUAAACUGAUGCAUUUUGAGCCACACAUUAAUGAGCAGGGAACCGAGAAUGGCUGCCUGUAUCAAAAUGCGUACAUGUUGGGCAGCAUACUGCAGUAACUUGUCAGGGUGAGCUGGCAGGACAACUACCUCAGGAGAGUCAUUGCUUGGAGAAAAAUAUUCUGACUUUGCAUUAUUUUCCUUAGCAAUGUCAGAUACUUGACAAAAAUAUCUUCCCAAAAUCUGCAUGAAAGGGUCUGUUAUCAAGUAGAAGGCCCUCCCCAAGUUUGGUAAAUUCCCUAUGUCGGUACAGCCAGCUAGGCCAAAUGCUUACACCCAUGCAGGACGAGGACAAGCAGGUCCACUAAAACACUAUGCUUGUGUACAUGAACAUCAUCCUGACCAAGCACCAAACUAAAAGAAACAUCAGCCCUGAUCCUCAGCUUAUGCACUUUGGUUGGAUAUCAGGCUUUUUUGUUGGUAUUUUCUCAUUGCCACAUUGUUUAUACCGAUGGUACCGGAGAGCUCCUAGGUAUUGUGACGUCACUCUAGAUAGUAUAACAUGUCAAAAUGGCGUCACCAAAUGAGUGGCUAGGUAUUGACGAUUGUUUGCUAUUUACUUUGUUAAUAAGCUGUGUAUAAUUUUUUAAGUAUUUUUGGAAUACUACUUCAUUGAUUAAUUCAGCUUUAGCAGCUAACUUUAUGGUCACUUUAAAUCAUUUACAGCUGAUGGGGUUUAUAUGAAAAGGUGUCCUUAUUCCUCAGGUGAACGAGGCAUUUGCUCCACAGACGCUUGCCGUUAUGCAAGAGAUGGGAUUAGAUCCAGAGAAAACCAAUGUAAAUGGAGGUGCCAUAGCAUUGGGGCAUCCUGUGGGUGCCUCCGGUGCCAGGAUU